GUCCCUGAUAAGAAUUAUAGCUGAUAAGACAGUCAAAAGCAUGACUUGUAGAUAACACUCAGAAGUCAAAAAGCCAUAACUUCCAAGUCUUAUAUAUGUACUAAGUAAUUUCAUUGACACUGAUAUUUUGCAUAACAGUUAUGAUCAUUUGAAGGAACAAUUUUCACUUCAGUUAGUUCAGUUAUCAAUUUGUUUUUAAACCCAUUUUAAUAUUAAAUAUAAUAAGAAUGAAGUACAUAUUUUCUAUCAAUAGUCUUCUUUGGCUGAUACCAUUAUUCUUGGAAUUGAUCAAUUAAUCAUAUAAAUGUGUAUAGGUUACAAUAAUUUAAAUAACUACGUAAACAUGGAUAGUCAAAGUCAGCAUUUAAUUGAUCACAAUUAUGCUUUAAAUCAUAUAAUUGAUCAUGAUUAUACCACACAAGUUACUACGCUAAUAUUAAAGAAUGAUGAUAAUGAUGCUGCAACUGAUAUUGCUGAUAAUGAUGCUGCUGCUGAUGAGGUUCAUGAUCCAGAGCCAACAAUUUACAGAACCCUCCCUGGCAUUCAACGCAAUACAAAAAUAUAUGUGGAUAAUUUAGGUUAUAAAUAUUAUAAGAAAAAGUUUCUAGUCGAUACAAUAACAUUAAUAUGUGAACGACAACGAAACCCUAGUCGUCCAUUAUGUUAUGGUACAGCAUCAAUUAGUAAAGAUGAAAUGGAUAACCGAAUUUCUAUUCGAACUCCUCAUAACCACGAGCCUUCGCCCAUUGACUUAAAUGUACCAUUCUUGAGAAAUGCACUCACUGAAAAAGGCCUUGAUCCAAAAAUUACAACAACAAUGUCUGUUCAGAAUAUUUAUGAAGAUGAAAUAAUUUCGCACCAAGAAGCAGCUAAAAAUUACACAUUUACCCAAACUAAAGAGAGAGUAAGAAGGAUGAAAAGAUUAGAGCGAUUGAAAUAUUAUUAUUAUUGAUAAUCAAUUUUUUAUUAAAUUUCAACAACAAGUAAAUAAUUUUGAUGGUGUAUGCAGAUUUCAAAAAGAAAACAUAACCAGACUGAUUAAGAAAUGUGUACUAGUAGCUGACUGGUGCUAGUAACUUAUUGAUGUUUUUGAGGAGAACUGUAAAUCACAUUGAUGGUCAUGUUCAACAAGUUCCUUCGGGUAUAUUGUUUUAACUGUAUUUCAUAUUAAUAAUUACAUUUAAAAUUUUUAAAAUAAUUUUUCUUGAAUAUAACUCAUUAAUGAGAUGGUGUGAUUUUUGGAAAUGUAUCCUCAUAAAUUAAAUUAAUUUUGUUACCCAUUUGAUAAUUAUUGUUUAUUGUUGUACAGUAUCAUAAUAAA